AUGGGUAAAGAGUUUCGUGGCGACUUCUCCCGUAGUGGUCGUAUCCACUUUCUCAGCGCCUUGCGCGGCUCUUUGCUGCUGGUUGUUGCUGUUAGUUCGUUUUCGAUUUUCCGAAUGUGGAAUAGAUCGAUUAGCGGUGGAAUGGGUGGAAAUACUUUUGGGGACGGGAGAUUGCCACUAUCUGGCACGGAUAAUAAUACCGGUGAAGUUGGAUGGACAAGAUGGGAUGCCCAUUUGCCCUUCCGACCGACGGUGGACGACGUUUGCGGUGGAUGUCGACUUGCAGAAACACGUGAUGGAAAAACUUGUGGACAGCUGAUUUUAGACCGAGUUUUGGAGCGCAAUACAUCAGUUCGAGCCGCUGCUAAUUUCGUUGCUUUAAAUCAGUCGAGAUACUGCAAACAGUGUCACAUAUCGCACCCCUCGUGCAAUUCGACAGUGUAUAAUCAAUACUGGCGAUUUGAUCACGUUCGACCUCGACCCAUUCGGCCCAAUGAUGGUUUACCCGCUCGGACUCAUUACUUCGAGUCGCUUCCCUCAGAAUUUCGACUACCUGAUCUCAGUUCCACAAAUUUUGCUCUGUUUUUCCGUAACUCUUCAAACUGGCUUUCCAAUCGAACCUUCUACUUCGAGUUCAACCCAACUAUAAUUCCCCUGCCUUGGAAGCAAACACCACCAGACCUGCUAUCGCCACUGAUGCAAAAAGACAGAGCGCACUUUUACUUGGCUGCGUAUAGAAUCUCGGACCUUCAGGACUGCUUUACGCCAGAGCAGGUCCGGGUGGGUCAUUUUCGGAAUGAAAAGGGAAUUCAUGAGCCAGCUACAGAACUGCUUGGAUUGGCAAUUCUCGAUGCGGGCUUGUCAAUGGUAAGGGAAACAAUUGUGAAAGCGCAUCACAAGGAUGUACGCCUGUUUUUGCUGAACACCCAAAUUUACAUUGGCAUUUACCACGUCAUCCGCCCUAUCUGGAUUCAUCCAGGAGCGGUCCCGCAAAAUAUCCCACCAGAGUCUUUGCAGCACAGAGAAAAACUAUUUCCAGAUAGUCAGUUGAGGUCAUUUCCCGUAAUUGAACAGAAGCAUUACGCUUGUUGUACUUCCCCAACAUGCAACGGCAAGAACUUCAAUUAUUUUUCCCUUCCGACUGGCGAAAUAUUUGUGGAAACGAAUCCAGUUAAUCCGCAUGUCGUUGAGCUCAUGAACAUGACUCAAAGGUGUCAAAAAAGGAACUACGGGACCAUGAAAAUAGACGUUGCUUUGGCAGAAGAGUACGAUAAAGCGAGAGUGCAUGUUUGGUCCACUAAAGCUACCCCUUCAGAGUCGUUUUUUACGACGGAUGAAAUCUAUUUUCCAAGCAAAGGAGUGUACCGGCUUCCAUAUACGCGCGAUCGAGGGACCGCAUGCUGCGUAACAAUCCAAGAUGUUCGGCUGGGGCAGAACUCGCUUGGUGCGAGUCUGAUGGUGGGAGUCAGUCACACCAAAAUUCCAAUGUUUGGCAACUGGUACGAAACGUUCCGGGCGUCGCAUAACCUUAGUUUUGCGGCGCGACAGUAUUCUAGUCGAUUGUACGCGUUUGAGCCGAAACCUCCCUUUCGGAUAGUCGCGCGUUCUGGAAGCUUCUGUAUGGGGUUUCCCGAAAGCAGUGAGGAAACGAAUGAGAAUCCUUACAUAAAAUACGUACGAAGCAAGCCCAUGAUUGUCGGUGAAGAAUUGGAGUGUCCUUCGAUUACGUUUGUGAGUGGCAUUUGCGAAGCUAUUGAUGACCCAUCCAUAGCCCCAAUAAGCUAUGGAAUGAACGAUUGCGCUCCAAGAAUUGUGAAGGUCCCAAAGUCGGAACUGAUCCGACUCUUAUUUCCAUCACUGUGAAGAGACAAUGAUAAUUUUUUUCGACAUCCACAAGGGCGACACGAGCUAUAGUAGUGGAGUCAUUGGGCGCUUUAUUGAAGGUCGGUCUUUGGUUCAGCACAAGUCUAACGACGAUUGGGUAAAGGGAUUUGUUUCGGG